AUGGCUCCCCUUGAAACGCAAAAAGCCAUUCGAGCGGCACGGUUGUCUAUGGAGCAGUUGAAUGUCCCACCACUCCAUGCAGAAACUAUGCACAUUGCCGCUCCCAUCCAAGAAGGCCCAGCCACUCGCAUCGUCAUUGCAAAACUCGUCCUCGUAAACUUCAAAUCCUAUGCUGGUACUCAAAAGAUUGGUCCCUUUCACAAAUCAUUCAGUGCAGUGGUUGGGCCGAAUGGUUCUGGCAAGAGCAAUGUCAUUGACUCACUGCUCUUUGUGUUUGGUUUUCGCGCCGCAAAGAUGCGUCAAGGCAAGAUUUCCGCACUUAUCCAUCAUUCUGCUGCGCACCCAAAUUUGGAGUUUUGUUCAGUGGAGGUUCAUUUUGAGACGAUUUAUGAUGAUGUGCAGGAUCCAGAAGACUAUCGCGUCGUGCCAGACUCGAAAAUCGUCGUGGCUCGCAAAGCAUACAAGUCCAAUGCGAGCAAGUACACCAUCAAUGGCAAAGAUUCCUCCUUCACAGAAGUCACCACACUCCUCAAGAACAGCGGCAUUGAUCUCGAUCACAAGCGGUUUCUGAUUCUACAAGGUGAAGUGGAAUCGAUUGCUCAGAUGCGACCGAAAGCGGCAACGGAGCAUGAUGAUGGGCUGCUUGAGUACCUUGAGGAUAUUAUUGGCACAUCACGCUACAAGUCUCCUAUUGAAGGUGCUUUACAACGAACAGAAGCACUCAAUGAAGUGGUCACGGAGCAGCAUGCUCGAGUGGCGCGCGUGACUCAGGAAAAGGAGCGGUUGGAGGGGAAGAAGGACAUUGCUGUAUCCCAAAUCCAACAGGAGAAUGCACUGGCUGUUAAGCAAUCUAUGCUUUAUCAGCUUCAAGCUGCGCAAUGUACAGAGCAAAUGGCCAUGACGCAGCAGAUGCAGGGAGAAGCAAAACAAGCGCUUGAGGCGUUAUCGCAUGCCGCUGGUCUCGAAACAGCAGAUACCCUCAAGAAGUCAUUCGCUAGCAAGUCUAAGCACCACGAGACACUCAAGAAACAACUUGCCGUGUUGGUGAAGGAGCAAAAUGCUACACAAGAAUCACAGGUCAAGGUUCAAGAACGCAUCAAGCACCUCUCCGCAAAACAAAAGAAACUCGCCAAGCAAGCUACCGUUGCCGAACAAGCACUUCGAGAAUCUACCCGGACCAUUGAACAAGCUGAAGAGGAAGCUGCGAAAUUGACCGCUCAAGUCAAUACUCUCGAUACAUCCCUUGUCUUCGAAUCUGCUGAGUUGGCCAAGAUUCGUGCAGCCCUCUCUGACAAGACACAAGUCUACGCUGAUCAGAUUGAAGCCAAGCAGCGUGAAAAACAGCCUUGGGAUGUGCAAAUGCAAACGAAAAAGAGUGCCUUGGCAUUAUGCCAGUCUGAACGGCAGAUGUUGCUUGACAAGGCUGCUGCUGUUGAGCGAGAAGCAGAAGAAGCACAGACAUUGCUGGAAGAGGUGACGCAACAGCUUGCUGCGUGCGAUACCAAAGCACUGCAAAAGGAAAUUGCAUGCAUUGAAAAGGAGCUUGCUACAGGUCAAAAGCAAGUGGCUGCCUUGCAGCAGCAGGAAGCUCAAGCAAAGAAUCAAUUGGCUUCCGCACGGCAAAAGUCUGACGAAGCGCGCUCUAACCUCGCUGCGAGCACUUCUCAAAGCAAUGUCCUUGCUGGCCUCACAAAACUCAGUGAGUCUGGGAGGAUUGAGGGUUUCCACGGCCGUCUUGGCGAUUUGGGCAAAAUUGCAAGCAAGUACGAUGUUGCCAUCUCUACCGCUUGUCCACAGCUUGAGAAUAUCGUUGUUCAGUCUGUGGAUGCAGGACAAGCCUGUAUUGACCAUCUCAGACGUAACAAUCUGGGUCGUGCCAUGUUCAUUCUACUGGAUCGCUUGCCAAGUCGCGAUCUUCAGGCCAUUCAAACGCCUGAGAAUGUCCCACGACUAUUUGACCUUGUUCAACCACGCGACGCGCGCUUUGCUCCAGCCUUCUACUCAGUUUUGCAAAACACACUCGUUGCUGAAUCACUCGAACAAGCAAAUCGUCUUGCGUAUGGUGGUAAACAGCGUUGGCGAGUUGUUACCUUGGAUGGUCAAUCGAUUGACAAGUCUGGUACCAUGACAGGUGGUGGCCAGCGUGUGGCAAAAGGUGGUAUGGCAUCACAAUUCGUCGCUUCUUCAGAAUCUGCAGCGGGUGUUGCGAAACUUGAAAAGGAGCAGCAAGCAUGCUUGGUGUCGUUUGAGCAAGUCGCUGCUGAUUUGGCACAAGCAGAGUUGCGUGUAGCGGGGUACUUGCAGGCAUUACCAAAGUUGCAGCUUGAGCGACAGAAACGAGCGAUUGAGGAAGCAUCGUUGUUGACGCGACAGGGCGAUUUGCAGACGCGCUGCAGGCAGCUUGCUGCAGGUGCAAGUGCCGGCAUGUCUCCUGCUGAUGCCAAGCGGGAAAAGGCGUUGGUUGCGCAAGUGAAAGCAUUGGAGGCUGAUAUGGAGCAAUUGGCUCAAGAGACUUCUUCCCUCGAACACGACAUUAAGCAGUUGCAAGACAAGAUUUUGGAGGUGGGUGGCAUCAAGUUGCGUACGCAGAGCAGCAAGGUUGAGUCAUUGAAGGAUCAACUUCAAGCCAUGUCUGAGCGCUUGCACACGCUGGAUUUGAGCAAAGCGAAAGCCCUUGCGCAGUCAAAGACCUUUUCUUCGCAGUCUGAAAAGGCUGCUGCUGAGCUUGCAAGUGUUGAGACGGACCUCAGUGAAUUACAGGCACAACUCGACGGGGAAGGCGAUGCAGGCCUUGCCAAGCAGAUUGAAGACCUGCAAUACACCAUGGAAGCGUCCAAUGACGAACUGGCAGCCCUCAAGCAAGAGCUUGAUCUCGAGACGGAGCAGCGCAACAAGAUUGCUGCGCAGCAGCAGGAACUUGAAGUCAAGUUGCAAGAACACACCAAGCGACUGCAAGAGGCGUCUGCAAAGUUGGCUUGGGCGACAGAGAAGCGUUCAAGCCUGGCAUUGAUUCCCCUGAGUCAUCAUUUCGCGACGGAAGCACAAGGCAGUUUGGACGACUUGACGGCAGAUGAGCUGCAGGCACUCGACAAGGCUGUGCUGACUGCUGAGAUUCAACAACUCAAGCAAGCGACGCAGGACAUGCAAAUUGAGCAAGGCGUGCUGGAAGAGUACAUUAGUCGCUGCGAAGAGCAUGCCUCGCGAUCUCAAAUGCUGGCAGAAUCCAUUUCCGAGCGUGACGCUGCACGUUCCAUGGUGGAAGAUUUGCGUACACGUCGAUUAACGGAGUUUAUGGAAGGCUUCAGCAUCAUUUCUGCUCGUCUUAAGGAAAUGUACCAAAUGAUCACCAUGGGUGGCAAUGCUGAACUCGAGCUGGUGGACUCGCUAGAUCCCUUCUCUGAGGGUAUUCUCUUCUCUGUCAUGCCACCGAAGAAGAGCUGGAAAAAUAUUGCCAACUUGUCUGGUGGUGAAAAGACGCUCUCGUCCCUUGCGCUCGUCUUUGCGCUGCACCACUACAAGCCCACACCUCUGUAUGUGAUGGAUGAGAUUGAUGCUGCAUUGGACUUUCGCAACGUCAGUAUCGUGGCCAACUACAUCCGUGACCGCACCAAGAAUGCCCAGUUCAUUGUCAUUUCACUGCGCAACAAUAUGUUUGAGCUGUCUGCUCGGCUCAUUGGCAUCUACAAGACGAGCAACAUGACGCGCAGUAUCUCAUUGGAGAACAAGGAAAUUGAACGGGCAUCUUCUGAUCGUGCGACCGUGGCGACGUCUGUAUAG